AUGGUGACUGUGACCGUAACAUCUGAACGUUAUGUGGAAAUGUUGAACAACUUCUUGCCAACUGAAUUACAACGAUUAGGAGUACAUGAUAAAGAUCUAUGGUAUCAACAAGAUGGUGCUACCAGCCAUACAGCGCGUAUUUCAUUGGCUUUGGAUGAGUCCACUUUACCAACUAAUGAAGCAUUAUUGUUAUCAUACGUGAGGUUUAUAAAAAAUGAGAAAAUAUGUCAAGAACUAUUAUUUGCGAGAAAUUUAGAGACAAAUACAAAAGGAGAAACCAUAUUUAAUACACUGGAAAAGUUUUGUGAUGAAAAGCAAAUCCCUCUGAAGAAUAUUAUUUCAAUUGCUACUGAUGGUGCCCCAGCUAUGACAGGGCGUCACAAAGGCUUCAGAGCGUAUUUAAAAAAAAAAGUUACAGACGUGCUUACUGUACAUUGCGUCAUUCAUUGCCAGCAUUUAGUUGCAAAAAAUCUCAGUGAACGCCUGAAAUUCCUGGACAUUUCAAACAUGGACAUACCAGACUGGGUAUUAGAUCCUUUUUCAAAUGUCAACACAACAGAAUCAUUCCAGUUCGAAGAAUAA